CCCUGAGGGGUGGGGAACGGGGACGAGUCCUGAUGGAGAGACAGCGUUAUCCCGCGGAUUGAGGGAAAGUUGCUCAUCGGUGUCCGCCUGGAUACUCUGUCACGGUGUGUGAGUGUCUGGGUGAUGGAGCUGGGGGGGGACCCGGAGGUGCCCGGGUCGCUGCCUCGGGCUCGGAUGCUGCAGCUGAGCCAGUGAGUAGUGUCCGGCCUCAGGCCACCUUCUGCAUCUGUGCAUGUCUCCAGUGGUGACCGGAAUGGAUGUGACCAGCCGAUGUACAGCUGGUGAUCCAAACCGGCUUCCUGAAGGCCUGCCUCAGCCUGCACGCAUGCAUUACGUCUCAGACAAACACCCCCGACUCACUCUGGAUGCCAUUAAUCAACUAAGGAGAAACCAGGGCCUGUGUGAUGUUGUGCUUGUGGUUGGGCUGAAGAAAAUCUAUGCCCACCGGGUGGUGCUUGCAGCCUGCAGUCCUUAUUUCCAUGCAAUGUUCACCAGUGAACUUGCAGAAAGUCGGCAGACGGAAGUUCUGAUUAGAGACAUCGAUGAGCAUGCCAUGGAAUUACUGAUUGAGUUUGCAUACACCUCGCAGAUCAUUGUGGAGGAGAACAAUGUGCAGACCUUGCUGCCAGCUGCUUGCUUGUUGCAGUUGAUGGAGAUCCAGGAAACCUGCUGUGAGUUUUUAAAGAGACAGCUCGAUCCGUCCAACUGUUUGGGAAUUCGGGCUUUUGCUGACACUCACGCCUGUCGUGAGUUGCUGCGGGUGGCAGAUAAGUUUACACAACACAACUUCCAAGAGGUAAUGGAGAGUGAGGAAUUUAUGCUGCUGCCAGCAAACCAGAUGAUUGAUAUAAUUUCCAGCGAUGAAUUGAAUGUGCGAAGUGAGGAGCAGGUGUAUAGCGCUGUUGUAUCAUGGGUCAAAUACAACAUUCAGGAAAGGAGAGGACAACUUGCUCAGGUCUUGCAACACGUUCGCUUGCCAUUGUUGAGCCCUAAAUUUCUGGUUGGCACGGUUGGGACUGACACCUUGAUCAAAAGUGAUGAAAUGUGCAGAGAUCUCUUGGACGAGGCAAAAAAUUAUCUCCUCCUGCCACAGGAGAGACCUCUAAUGCAGGGCCCCCGGACACGACCUCGCAAGCCCAUCCGAUGUGGCGAAGUGCUUUUUGCUGUUGGUGGUUGGUGCAGUGGUGAUGCAAUCUCUAGUGUCGAACGCUAUGACCCUCAGGCGCAUGAAUGGCGGAUGAUGGCGUCAAUGUCUAAACGAAGGUGUGGUGUUGGUGUUGCAGUUCUGGAUGACCUUUUGUAUGCUGUUGGAGGUCACGAUGGAUCUUCCUACUUAAACAGCGUUGAAAGGUAUGACCCAAAGACAAACCAGUGGAGUAGUGAUGUAGCUCCGACCAGCACAUGCAGAACAAGUGUAGGGGUAGCUGUACUUGGAGGGUACCUGUAUGCCGUUGGAGGUCAGGAUGGAGUGUCCUGCCUUAAUAUCGUGGAACGGUUUGAUCCUAAGGAAAAUAAAUGGAUGAGAGUAGCCCCAAUGAGCACUCGGCGCCUUGGGGUAGCUGUGGCAGUCCUUGGUGGACAUCUCUAUGCUAUUGGGGGCUCAGAUGGAACAUCUCCAUUGAAUACAGUUGAACGCUUCAUUCCUCAGGAGAAUCGCUGGUCUCCUUGUUCACCCAUGGGGACAAGGCGAAAGCAUCUUGGCUGUGCUGUAUUCCAGGACAUGAUCUAUGCAGUCGGAGGACGUGAUGACACAACUGAGCUUAGCAGUGCUGAGCGAUACAAUCUUCGAACCAAUCAGUGGUCUCCAGUGGUUGCUAUGACCUCCAGACGGAGUGGGGUUGGUCUCGCUGUUGUAAAUGGACUUUUGAUGGCAGUUGGUGGUUUUGAUGGUACAACCUACUUAAAAACGGUUGAAGUAUUUGAUCCUGAUGCAAAUACUUGGAGGCUCUUUGGAAGUAUGAAUUACAGACGGCUUGGAGGUGGAGUUGGUGUAGUGAAGAUGACACAAUGCGAGUCUCACAUUUGGUGAACUCUUCAGAAUUAAGAGUUUAUCCAUUUACAAUAGCAUUGUUACAAAAAGACAAUCAUCUGAUUCCAAGUGGAUUAAGUGGCAUACACAGGAGUACUUUCUGUAAUAAGUGCAUUAUAUAAUCUAGCAAUUUUAUACAUUGUAAACAUUUAUGGAGAUCUAGCAGUUGCAUUUCUUGCAAAGUUGGAACAAUGUAUUAGAAACUGGUAGGAAUGCCUUAGAGCCACCUUAAAACAAAACCUGCUGCCUUAUCACCUAGUGCUGAGUAAGUGAUCUACAUAGGUAAGUGUUAUUUUAAAGUAGCUAAUUUAUUCUGGCACCUGUGCAGGCAUGAUAAAUCUGCCAAUAUUUAUGCAAUUUAAAUGAAAUUACAACUAUUUGAAGCACUAAAAAAAAAACAACUUUGGUUCAGGGUCAAUAAAUAAAGCCAAUGAUCAGUCACCUGAAGCAGAUGUUUUCAUUCCUACAUGGUGCAUGAGUUUAUUUUAAAAUUGCAGUAUGACAGUAAGGUAUGGAUAUUUGAUUUUGUAAUAAAGCCAUAGCAGAUUUUUUCAGUCUGGAUUUUAAAAUCAAAAUUUGACCAAAAAAAGUGGAAGUGAAAGCCAGAAUCUGUUCGAAUAUCAUGAGGUUAUGUAGAUCUUGCCACAAGUUUGGCAAGAGUGAAGGUUAAGGAUUCAGUCAUGUGGAGACUCACUUUAUAUUUGAAAUUCAAAAACUAAGACUUUCAAAGUCUGAUCAAGUUUUGAAAAACUCAGCAGGUUCCAGUUGAUGUUUCUUUCCUUAGUGAAGGUAAAAGGAAAUGUAGAUUCUGAAUUGCAACCAUUAGAUAAUUUAAGCAACUAGAAUCCUACUUAGUAAGGGAAAACAGGUGAAAUUUUAAAUUUGAAGUUGACCAAAAUUUGUAAAGCACUUUCUAAUUCUUGAUGUAAGGGUUACACAGACAUUUAGCAAAACUAAAGAGCAGUUGGUUGUGUCAUGUUGUAUCCAUGUAUACAGUGAUGUUCCUAACCUAUUAAGUCCAGCCUCUAUUAGAAUGCAGGAUGAGCUGAGGAGCUGAUGGUUCAUUCCUAGCCAAGUUACAUUACAAAAAGCAAAUCAAACUUCAAAUCAAGUUGAAUGGUAUCCAUUGUAUUUUCUACUUAAGUAUCAGGAGUCAAAAACAACUUAGGGUUCUUUGGCUAUGCAGUUGUAAGACACUAGUGCAUUAUGGUUCUAAAUUAGGAAUUGCUAUUUUCAUUUGCUAACUUGCUUCAAGCUCAUCAUUCACAAGGUGUGAUCUUAAACUCUACUUUUAUUGAAACUGUCCAUUUUUUAAGUGAGCAAUUCUUUUUUUAAACCAAGAUUGUGUUUUUGAUUUUACCCUUUGUAAGGAACACAUCUGGACUCAG